UUUGUUUUUCAGGGUCAAAAUAUUUUUGGGCUUGAUAUCAUUGAAACGCCAGAAGGAGAAAAGAUGCCACAACUAAUAGUUCAAAAGGAGUUAGAUAGGGAAGAGAAAGAUACAUAUGUAAUGAAAGUAAAGGUUGAAGAUGGUGGCUUCCCUCAAAGAUCCAGUACUGCUAUUUUGCAAGUCAGUGUUGCUGAUACAAAUGACAACCAUCCAGUUUUUAAGGAGGAUGAGAUUGAAGUCAGUAUACCAGAAAAUGCUCCUGUAGGUUCUUCAGUAACACAGCUCCAUGCCACAGAUGCUGAUAUAGGUGAAAAUGCCAGGAUUCAUUUCUAUUUCAGCAAUCUUGUCUCCAGCAUGGCCAAGAGGCUAUUUCACCUCAACUCUACCACUGGACUUAUCACAGUAAAAGAACCACUGGAUAGGGAGGAAUCUCCAAACCACAAGUUACUGGUUUUGGCAAGUGAUGGUGGACUGAUGCCAGCAAGAGCAAUGGUGCUAGUAAAUGUUACUGAUGUCAAUGAUAAUGUUCCAUUGAUUGACAUAAGAUACAUCAUCAAUCCAAUCAAUGGCACUGUGGUUCUUUCAGAAAAUGCUCCUCUCAACACCAAAAUUGCUCUCAUAACUGUGACAGAUAAGGAUGCUGACCAUAAUGGUAGGGUGACAUGCUUUACAGAUCAUGAAGUCCCUUUCAGAUUAAGGCCAGUGUUCAGUAAUCAGUUCCUCCUAGAGACUGCUGCAUAUCUUGACUAUGAGUCCACAAGAGAAUAUGCCAUUAAAUUACUGGCCGCAGAUGCUGGCAAACCUCCUUUGAAUCAAUCAUCCAUGCUCCUCAUCAAAUUAAAAGAUGAAAAUGACAAUGCUCCAGUUUUCACUCAACCUUUCAUAAGUCUUUCUGUUCCUGAGAAUAACUCUCCUGGUACCCAAUUGACAAAAAUAAGUGCAACAGAUGCAGACACUGGGCGUAAUGCUGAGAUACAUUACCUGCUAGGCAUUGAUGCUCCAUCUGAAUUCAACCUGGAUCAUCGUACAGGCAUUCUGACUGCAGUGAAGAAAUUGGAUAGAGAAAAACAGGAAAAAUAUUCAUUCACAGUUCUGGCAAAAGAUAAUGGGAUGCCAUCUUUAAUAACCAAUGCCACAGUCUUAGUGACCGUUCUUGAUCAGAAUGACAACAGUCCAAUUUUCACUCACAAUGAGUACAACUUCUAUGUCCCAGAAAACCUUCCAAGACAUGGCACAGUAGGACUAAUCACUGUAACUGAUCCUGAUUAUGGAGAAAAUUCUGCAGUAACUCUCUCCAUUUUAGAUGCGAAUGAUGACUUCACAAUUGAUCCACAGACUGGUGUCAUCCAACCGAAUAUUUCAUUUGAUAGAGAAAAACAAGAAUCUUAUACUUUCAAUGUAAAGGCUCAGGAUGGUGGUAGGGUAUCACAUUCUUCAACUGCCAAAGUCACUAUAAACGUGGUUGAUGUCAAUGACAAUAAACCAGUUUUUGUUGUCCCUCCUUCCAACUACUCCUUUGAAUUGGUUCCACCAUCUGCUAAUCCAGGCACAGUGGUCUUCACAGUAGUUGCUAUUGACAAUGACACUGGAAUGAAUGCAGAGCUUCGUUACAACAUUGUAGGAGGAAACACAAAAGGUCUGUUUAUGAUUGACCAAACAACAGGCAACAUUACACUGAAGGAGAAAUGUGUCCUUGCAGAUCUUGGUUUACACAAACUGAUAGUCAAAGCCAAGGAUUUAGGGCAACCUGAUUCUCUCUUCAGUGUCAUAAAUGUUAAUCUAUUUGUGAAUGAGUCGAUGACGAAUGCUACAUUAAUUUAUGAAUUGGUGCGCAAAAACAUUGAAACACCAGUGACCCAAAAUGUUGAGACAACCGAUACAUCCUCACCGUCAAGUGACUAUGUUAAGAUCGUGGUUGCCAUUGUUGCUGGCACCAUAACUGUCAUUCUUGUCAUUUUCAUCACUGCUGUAGUAAGAUGCCGCCAAUCACCACACCUUAAGGCUGCUCAGAAAAACAAGCAGAAUUCUGAAUGGGUUACUCCAAACCCUGAAAACAGGCAGAUGAUGAUAAUGAAGAAAAAGAAGAAGAAGCAUACCCCUAAGAACUUACUGCUUAACUUUGUCACUAUUGAAGAAGCUAAGGCAGACAAUGCUGACAAUGAUAGAAACACUGUCACACUAGACCUUCCCAUUGAAUUGGAAGAGCAAGCCAUGGGCAAGUGCAACUGGGGUACUACACCUACUACUUUCAAGCCUGACAGCCCUGAUUUGGCCCAGCACUACAAAUCUGCCUCUCCACAGCCUGCUUUCCAGAUCCAGCCGGAAACUCCCCUAAAUUCAAAGCACCACAUCAUCCAGGAACUGCCUCUCGAUAACACCUUUGUGGGUUGUGAUUCCAUCUCCAAGUGUUCUUCCAGCAGUUCUGAUCCCUACAGUGUUUCUGAGUGCAGCUAUCCAGUGACAACUUUCAAGACCCCUGUGUCUGUACACACCAGACUGCCAAUGAAGGAAGUUGCACGACCUCACACACCCAUGAAAGAAACAACUACUGUGGAGAUCUGGACUCAUCCCCAACCACAGCGGAAAUCCGAGGGGAAAAGGACAAUAAAGUCCCAGCGGCGUGUCACAUUUCACCUACCAGAAGGCUCUCAAGAAAGCAGCAGUGAUGGUGGACUGGGAGACCAUGAUGCAGGCAGCCUUCCCAGCGCAUCCCACGCCCUGCCCCUUGGCUAUCCUCAGGAGGAGUACUUUGACCAUGCUGCAAACAACAACCGCACUGAAGGGGAUGGCAACUCUGAUCCUGAAUCCAGUAAGUUGAUACCCCCAAGUCCUGGAUUUAAAAGGCUUAUUGUGUUUGCAAUUAAGGAGCCCAACAGUAAGUCCCCCAGCGGAGGAGCAGCGCAGACGCCUGCAUCCGCCACUAGCAAGCGGGGGCUGCGCAGGGAGGCGCGCGCUGCAUCGCUUUUUAAUGUUCGGGCCCGAAUGCCCCGAGGGUAA